CAGCACUUGUUUCUACAGGAAGCUUCAGAAGCGGUGCAACCCGGAAAGAGGAAGACUUUUCAAAACAAAUCAUGGCGGUAAAAAUGGACGCGCAAGCUCGAACGUAUACGCUCGCUCGUGAGAUAAACGAAGACUUCAGAGUGCGGCUGACGUCUAAAAAACAAGCUAUCGAACAGAUGAAUCAGUACAAAGUGAUUUUUAAAAAAGCACUGGACGGACAAACGGGCGUUCCGGAGAAAACGAAAGGAAUUUUACUUGAGGAGCUGCAAACUGACUUUGAGGCUGCCGUUCAAGCGAACGUGUUGGUGAAUGGACAGACGUGGGACGACGCCCCAAAUGACGACGAGGAGGACAAGUUGGCCCGUCUGGAGAAGACGCUGGACGAUGCAAUCGUGGAGACGGCGUGUAAGCGACGCGCAUUCCCCCCGAAAAUCUUACGCUUUGCGUUGCGGUCCCUCAAAGCUGAGAGGCAGCUUCUGGACUUCUAUGAAAAACCAGUCAAAUCUCAACUGAUGCUCACAGAUGCUCAAACAGAGAACUUGAUGAAGGACCUGUCAGAUCGCACAUCUGGAUUGGCGAAACAUGCUACAGAAGUCAUCAAGUCCAUCCACGCGCUGCAGAAUCAGGCCAGGCUCUUACAUGAGCUGAUCAACGUGAAACCCAAUCGGGCGUCGGAAGAGGUGCAUCGGGAGGUGUUUGGCGGCACCCGAUCGGAAGAAGCUCCGCCCCGCCCGCCGAACGUGACCCGGAGCGGCGAGGCGUCGAGGCUGGAGUCCUUCCGGCGAGGCGCCGACGACCCUCUCGCCUCGGCGGGAUACGUGGGGAAAAAAGUCAAAAAGGAAAUGGAAAUAAAUGUUUAGCCAACGUCAUAGCGGUGCUCUCUGCUGAACUUUAAGGUUUUUAAAGUGGCAAAUAUAAUAAAAAUAAAUGUGUAUGUAAAAUGA